CCAGGCCCCAUCGACAAAUGGGAGCUUGUUGCCGCUGAAAGAUACGAAAGCCACGUGUAUUUGAACUCAUUGGAGCCACUAUCGGGUUUUGUACUUUAUGAGUACAACAGGGACAACACAGAUCUACCAAAAGUAGAGAUCUAUACCAUGCCUGAAGAUGGGAAAGAGUGUAGCGAGGGCGAAAAACUCUCCGACGAUCUUAUUGGAUCAGCCAUUGCUGAACAAGACGACAAAAUUACAAUUUGGGAAGGGACCGACAGUGAUGGUCAAACCAUCUAUUCUGCUGUGGAACAGCCAGGCAUGACCCAAGUCACUGAAACUAUGACUCCCGACAAGGUUAAUGGUGCAAUUGGUAAGUUGUUUGCUUGAUCAGAAUGAUACCAUACUUGGAUCGGAAACUGAGCAUGACUGCUGUGUUAAUUGUUAUUUUAAUUAUCAACUCUUGACUCUCACCGAACUCUUUUGUUUUGCUGCGGGGUACAGGAAAAGCCCAUUUCAGUAUCAACGACUACAGGAACGAUAGCAUAUUUAGAAGCACCGGCGCUGAGACUGGAGUGGAUGAAUUUUGUAAGUAAGAGUACUGCUGGAUAGAUCGAAUGCGUUUUGUUUUCAUUUGUUCCUCUUGGUUGCUAAACUCUAUCUUAUUUUUCCCAACGCAGGCAUUAGAACCGUCCAUGAGUUCUUUGAAAAUGACGGCGAAGUGUUAAAACCUGUUUCAUUUGUUGAUUCCAAGGUGACCGUAACCAUUGACUUCAACGGUGAUUUUGGUAAUUUUGAUAAUGGCCUGGUGACAAUCGAAGGCACUGCCGCUACUGCUGCCAGUGCCGAGGCAAAGAAGGAUUUCGAUCUCACCGCAACCUUGUGUGGCGUCAGAAAAGAAGGCCCGUACAAGGUUGGUCAAAGAUUUGAGCUGUGUGUGAAACCCGAUGACUCAGUCACAGAUUACCACAUAUCUGGUUUCAAGAAUGUUGUUUGCCAGAACCAAGAACAAACCCGAACAAUUGUGAACAGUGAAGGCGAACCUGAUGCUCUUACCGAGGUUAAUUGGGAAGACGAUGCCACCAAAGACAAGGCCAUUGGAUUUUCCAGUGUCGUUACCGCAGGAUUCUUCUCCGAUGCCGAGUCUACAGAUCCCACUAGUUUUACCUGCAGUGGCAGUGCAGUUAUGAAAUACUCUGGUAAUCGCAUGUUGACUGGUAGCAUCAAGACCCAGAAAUUUUUGUUUUCUGGUGUUCGCAGCCUCCAGGCCUCCAAAGAGGAUGCAGAGGGUGUAUUUGCUGCCCAGAUUGCUGUUGUUCCUGACAGUGUUGAUUUUGAUGUGUUUGCCGCCCCCGGUGUUGCGGCUGCUACCAGCACCAUCGCAAAUGUCGCCGGAAUCUUGUUCCUCCUCGCUGCGGCAUUGCUUUAAGGACAGGAAGAGAAAGGAACAAGAAGAAUAAAAAAAUGAAUACAUGUGGAGCAAAAAGAUACAUUGCGCCCACAGAGGCGUAAAACAAACCAAAAGAAAAACAAAAAAAUGCUGUUUGGCCGCCCCUCGUGGUGUAAAACAAAACAAAACAAAAAAAAACCUGUGUACAUAAAAGAUAAUAGUAUUGAGUUAUAUGUGAAAAUUUUGCUGACGUGUAGCUUGAGAACCCACAGUACCGGUACUCGUACGACAAUUCCUCCCGUGAUAAUAACACAACACGGAACUCACCUCAACCGAGUACAUUUUCUGGUUCGAUUUGGGUACACGCSCUGCGCGAGCUCCUCCACAGUUACUCUACAUACCGUACCGUACGUACGCAUCGYUACGGAUCGAUGCGAUGCACCACACACGGAUCCCAUGGUGUGGUGGUUCGCAACGGUUUCUGUUUCGGCGUUCGAACGAAUCUUUCAGAGAAACGGGAACCAAACCACAGACGGUUCCGGUCUUGUGGUUCGCACCACCCCGAUCGAUCCACGGCCGUUGCGGCAAACGGUGCCACCGCAGCCACCGCGGCGGGGCACAACGUCUGCUCUGCUCUGUCAUGGUUUGCUUUGCUUUGCUUUGCCGUGCUUCGAGUGGGACGAAACGGUGCCAAAGGGGGGCAAACGCGCGGCAUUUCAUCGCAUCGCAUUUCAUCGCAUCCGGAUGGGCGAGGGGCCGCACGCGGCCGGGCUUUCUCCCCUUUUCAUCGAAAGCAAAGCGAGCCAUGCAUUUCCUGCGUGUAGCGUUCCUCACCCCCUGCUCCACACUCGAUACGGAGAAGAUUCACAGGCAGGGAAAGGCAAGGCAAGACAAGACAAGGAAAGAAAAGGCAUACAAAGAUACACUAGAAGGCACUCGAGGCAAGGAACCCAAAAAAACAAAACCAAAUCCAGUCCACACAAAAACGAAACCCAGUCUUCGCAACGUGCAAACACGUUGUGGAACGGUACUACAGUAACCCGCGAGGAAAUCCGAUCUCUUUGUCGCAUCGCAUCGCAUCGCAUCGCACAUAUUGUAAUAGCAAACAGAAUGCUCGAUCGCACCAUUGUCAAAAUUGUCAAGCAAUACUGUUGAUAGAUUCUGUACGAAUACGGUAUACGAAUACGUUAUAGGUUCUGCGUUACCAAGCCAAGCCAAGCCAAGUGCAACCAGCUGCGAAGCAACAAGCCGGAACGAGGCGAGCACUACAGGCAGCCGGCGUGCAAUCUCCUACAAGCAAGCAACGAAGCCAAGCAACGAAGCCAAGCAACGAAGCCAAGCAACGACGCCAAGCAACGACGCCAAGCAACGAAGCCAAGCAACGAAGCCAAGAAGCACGAAAACGAAACGAACGAUGAACCACGUCAUGAUUUCCAGGUGCAAGACGUCCUCGCAGAAGCGUCUCUUUCCCCGCAGCGGCAUGGCCCUUGGCGAAACAGAGUCCGCUGCUGCGAGCGAACGCGAACGCGAACGCGAAGGAUUCCCCGAGCGGUCUCUUGUGGAAGCCCUGGGCCUUGGCCUUCCUCCCACCGCCUCCGAUUCGGGGUUGCGGUUGGCCCCCAGACGAAACAGAAAGACCUGGACGAGCAGCGGGGGGGGCCUCUACCACCCGGACGUGGCCACUGCCGGGAACCCCUGCGAGGAAGGAAGCCCCACCGGGUCCCACCGCGAUGUCGAAUUCGGAAACCGUCGUUCCGAGCUUGCACUACCACAGGAACCACCACAGGAACCACCACAGGAACCACAAGAUUCUCCAAUCGGCAGCCGCGGCGCCGACUUGCAACUCGACCCACCGCCGCAAUCCCAAGACAACCGCGACGCUUACAAGGUUUGCGACGGAGACGAUCCCCUCGAGACACGGGGGGCUCCGAGCCACUGGAACGGCUGCCACCAACGGGAACACCACCAACGGGAACACCACCAACGGGAACACCACCAACAGGAACACCACCACCAACACCGGGUCGUGGAAUUCGAGGUUGGCGUCCUCCACCACCUUCCUCCGGCCUCUUUCGACGCUCCCCCGAUCCGCCUGGAGCGAAAGGCCUCCGGGGGGGCCGCCUCGCUCGGUUCCUGCGGGGCCUCGGUCCCCUCGCUGUGGUCGGGAAGCCUGCUUCCUGCUUCUCGGCAGCCGUUGGAAGACCAACAGGAGCAGCGGCAGCGGCAACGAAACCACAAGCAGCACCAGCACCACCAGCACCAGCACCACCGCCUGGAGGGCCUCCUUUCCAGCGAAUCCAGGGCCGUGCGCCUGUGGAGGAGGCGGACGGUGGGCCUCCUGGCAGGCCUGGGCCUGUGCGGGAGCCUUUCCACCGGGUGGCUGGUCUACAACAGCAACAGAAGCAGUGGUUUCGAACGACCCGGAACCAGCCAAGGCAGCARCACCCUUCCUCCAGCGAUAGCGAUCCCAACCGAUGCAUAUGCGAUCGGGAGGGAACUUUCGGAAACCGCCAAAAGGGUCCUUUCGCUCCGCCGAACCGUCCUGGCCGAUCUGGCGGACGCUCUGGCCGCCGAGAGAGACCGCCUAACACUCCAACGGCCCCUGCUCUUUGUCCCGACCGAUCCGGUCACCUUUAAACCGGGGAUCGCGGAGCUUUUCGAGCCGGAAGGCCUUCCCCCGGUCCACCUCGCGGGCUUUUGCGACACCGUUUCGGUGGUCUGGAACGCAGAGUCAGAGGCAAAGCCAGAGGCAGAGGACAAAAACGCGGCCGCCAAGGGUCGCUGGUUCGAGAGGAUCCUCUGGGCCCCGAUCGUGGAGGAAACCAAGACCAACAACAACACUAAGACCAACAAAUAUGGAUACGGAUACGGAUACGGAUACGGGCACACCUGGCCCCAGCGAAAACGCGUUCUCCCGGUUUGGCAGGCCGUGGACUCGGACUUUUGUUGCUACGGGGCCAACCAAACACACCAACAGGAGCAGCUAGAGCAGCAGCAGCAGCAUCGAACCGCCAAAGAGGACCGCUUUGGGCCCGCCUGCGAUGCUUCCCCGGUCAAUCUCGACCUCUUGUCGUGCUUUGCAAACACCGCCACGACCGCAGCUCCUUUUUUCCCGGAUCGAAUCAAAGGCGAAAAGACUCGGGGUCCCGUCUUCUGGAGCGGUGCUCCACUCCGCCCCCCUUGUCGUCGUCCGGAGCAAGGCGAAGACAAGGACAAGGAAGCUCCCUCGCUCUAUAUGGGGGUGCCCGUCGUGGACGUGGACCAUGCCCCAAGCAAGAACUCUACCACCGUAGCUUACGUCCUUGCCGUGCUCGAAUCCGAGCUCGGCCUCUUUGGCCCGUACUGGCGGAGGCAGGAAGGAAUACACGAGGAGCAAGACGCUGGAGCUAGAGCCGGAGCUCUCUCCUAUCCCUUUUGCCUGGUGGUCUGGGACCGAACCACCGCGGGGAGGGUGGAAGACCGGGGGUCCCCCGAAACCGAGGAGUACCUCCAUCCCCGGACCUACGGGAUCCUUCCGGCCGGCGGGACCGGCAACACGGGGGUCGUCUUUCUGGGCCGCGGGGACCUGCGCGGUUCCGGUUGCGGGGAAGGGGCCAACGAGCUCGAGAUCGAGAUCGAGCUCCCCGAGUCCUGGUCCGGGGGGACCUCCUUUUUCCUCUCCGCUUGCGGGGGCUGCCUGCCCGGAAGCGGGCCCUCGUCGUCGUCGUCGUCGUCUUCCGCCGCCGCCGGUGAUUCCGCCGGUUCCUCCCUUGUGGUGCCCGCGGUGGUGGCCUCGGUGGGCCUGGCCCUGGGCCUCGGCCUCGUCCUGCUGGCGCUGGAAGCCUACCACYGGGCCGUAGAGGACCGCCAGAGGAAGCUCCUCCGCCUGGCCGACCGGGCCGGGGCGAUCGUGGGAUCCAUGUUCCCGGAGGGCAUCCAAGAGAAGCUCCUGGCCAUGGACACGGACCACGGCACCAACGACGACGACGACGACGAGCCCGGCCGCGGAGGGAGCCCGGCCACCACCACCACCACCUCCUGUGGGAGAGACCAAGUCCAGGGCCCGGGGGCGGGAACGCCUUGCGGAGGCACCGCCGAAACCCCGGCGUUUCCGGUGAACGUCGAACGAACGGCGAAAACCCCAGACCCCGGGGGCGCGGACACGGAUGCCGCGUUGGAGUCGGACUUGGACGUGGACGCGGACAUGCACCUGCACGCCCCUUCGCACAGGGACUCCUUCCUGAACAAGAGCGGAAGCUUUCGGUGGCACUCGCCCUCGUCCUCCCCGCGGCCUGGACAGGGAGACCGCAAGUCGAUCCCGAGGGGGGCCGGGAGCCGCACCGGGUUUCGCAAACCGCCCGUCCCCUCGGUCCUCCCGCUUCCGCCACCGCCGCCGCCACCUCAAGGGAACGACCUCCUCUCCCGGUACGGCAGGAAAAAGCCGGUGGCGGACUUUUACCCGAGCACGUCCGUCCUGAUGUGCGACAUUGCCGGUUUUACCGCCUGGAGCUCGGCGCGGGCACCCUCGGACGUCUUUUGGCUCCUGGAAACCAUCUUUGGUGCCUUUGACGACAUUGCCCUGGCCUCGGAGGUCUUCAAGGUGGAAACCGUCGGGGAUUCCUACGUGGCCUGCGCCGGCCUGCCAAACGCGGUGCGUGGGUUGCGUCUUGUUGCGUUGCAUUUUGUUUUGUUGUGUUUUGUUGUGCAUGAUGGCGUCGCGCUUGCCUUUGCUGGACCGAGUUGUGUUGUGUUUUGUGUCGUUUCGGCUUUCGAAAAUUUCGUGUUUGCUGCGGACAAUUUUACAAGUCUCUCAUUCCUCUUUGAUUGCUGUGUCUGCUGCUCCCAACACCAACGCAUCCGACAGCAACCAAAACACGCCAGCAUCAUGGCGAGAUUCGCGAGGAGGUGCUUGAGGCGGUACAAGUCCCUCAUCAAGAAACUCGAGGUGUACCUCGGACCCGAUACGGUUGACCUCGGUCUGCGCAUGGGAAUCCAUUCCGGGCCGGUCACCGCGGGGGUCCUCCGCGGAGACAAGACGCGCUUCCAGCUCUUUGGAGACACGGUCAACACCGCGUCCCGGAUGGAGUCGACGGGAACGGUGGACAAGAUUCAGGUCAGCGAGACCACCGCCGACCUCCUCGCCGGCGAAGGCCACGCCAACUGGGUCGCCCGCAGAGAAAAUCUGGUGGCCGUCAAGGGCAAGGRGGAGAUGCAGACGUACUGGCUCCACCGAUCCAUUCCGUCGUCGCGGUCCGCCGGGAAGCCGGCUUUGUCCAGCGGCAGCAGCCAGUGGUGCUCGGGGGGAUCCUCCGCUCUGAACAACCUCCGCACCAAGUCCAUGUCCAGCUCCUCCCUGGCUUCGUUCGAUAGCCUCAGCAUCGAUACGUUUUCCGGUGAUUCCACGCUGUCCCCACCCAUUCGCAUGAAGUCGUGGGCCCGCAACGAAAGGGCCAGGAAUCCAAAGGAGCAGCGCCUCAUCGAAUGGAUUGUCGAGACCUUGAUGCAAUCCCUAAAAAAGAUCGAGGCAGACCGCAGGGGCCGCCGAACGGAUCGUUGGAGCUUUGGCAAAGGCGACACGGGCUUGCCAGACGACGGAGGACCCUCUCUUGGCUCGUUCGACCCCGACGGUCCUUUUCUCGAAGAGAUCCAGGAAGCAAUUUCCAUCCGGCAAGAAACAAACCCGCCGAUCAAAAUGUCGAAGGUUCCCGAGGGGGAAACCGAUUUGUCCUCCGAUGAAAUGGAAGCGGUCGAGAUUUCUUGCAUCGUCGAAGACCAACUCCGCCGGUAUGUCACGGCGGUCAGCCUGCUAUACCACGACCACACGUUUCACAACUUUGAACACUGUGCGCACGUCCUAAUGAGCGUGUCGAAGCUCUUCUCCCGCAUCACCGAGAGCAAAACAAACGAAACAGGCCACGRCAACAGUGACAACUAUGCAUACGGCGUCGCUUCGGACCCGCUGGUCGAGUUCUCCUGCCUCUUUUCGGCUCUCGUCCACGACGUGGACCACACCGGUGUCCCGAAUGCCCAGCUCGUCAAGGAAAACACCGCAACGGCCGACUACUACAAGAACCGCAGCGUGGCGGAGCAGCACAGCAUCGCGGUUGCGUGGUCCGUCCUCACGGAACCUCUUUACAAAGACCUGCGCCACAGUAUUUUCCAGACGACGGCGGARCUGAAACGAUUCCGGCAGCUCGUUGUGAACUCGGUGAUGGCCACCGACAUCCUGGACAAGGACCUGAAAAAACUCAGAGAAGAUCGCUGGGAAAAGGCAUUCGCUACGGAGAAAGACUCCGCGGAGCCGGGAUCAACGGAACGGUCGAACCGCAUUGCCACGGUCGUCAUCGAGCAAAUCAUCCAGGCAUCAGAUGUCUCCCAUACGAUGCARCACUGGCAUGUUUACCUGAAGUUCAACGAACGCUUGUUUCGAGAAACACAUCGGAGCUACAAGGAAGGCAGGGGCGAAACGGAUCCAUCGACGUACUGGUACGAGGGAGAGCUUCGAUUCUUUCGGUUCUAUAUCAUUCCGCUGGCAAUGAAGCUGAAAGAAUGCGGUGUCUUUGGCGUGUCGAGCGACGAGUACUACAUGCACGCUUUGAGCAACCAAUCCGAAUGGGCGCGGAAGGGGAGGGAAAUUGUGAGCGGAUACAUGGAAAGCAUCUAGAACUUCUCUCGACGCCAUGUGUGGAGCAUUCUUCUUCUGGAACUUCCGAAUACCACAUUGAUUCUCGGAAGCAUCUGGUAAAGUACCUCGGAUGGCACCGGUAGUUCAGUUGUGACGUGGUCGAUUCUUGUCUCGAACGGGAGCGAAAAGAAAACCUCGAUGCACCACGUUGUGUAGCGAAGAAGCUCCAUCACGCUGUAUCAGGUGCUGUAAGCAGACGGACACGAAUGAAAUGUGACGUUUUAA